AGUGUUAGUGUCACACCGAUGGCCAUCCACGACAACCCCAAUGAAUCCAUUGAUGACGGGAUUACGGCUCCCGAACCCACUCCUGAGAUACAGAAAACCAGAUCUAAACGUAUCAUUGAAUCCGUAGACCAGACAUCCAAACCGGUAGAAAAGGUGACCAAAAAGAGGGGUCCGGCGCCUGGAAAGGCACCCAAAGCCAGUGCCACAGAACCAGUAGUUAAUGAGCCCACGGAUGACCAAAAUACCGACUCUAAUAAAACAGAAACUUCUGUUAAAAAGACACAAAAGACGACCAAAAAGAAAGUGGUGAUAGACUUGCCUUCCGAACCGCCCACUCCUAAGAUAAAGAACACCAGAUCUAAGCGUACCAUUGAUUCCGUGGACCAGACAUCCAAACCGAUAGAAAAGGUGACCAAAAAGAAAGUGGUGAUAGACUUGGCUCCCGAACCCACUCCUAAGAUACAGAAAACCAGAUCUAAACGUAUCAUUGAAUCCGUGGACCAGACGUCGAAACCGGUAGAAAAGGUGACCAAAAAGAGGGGUCCGGCGCCUGGAAAGGCACCCAAAGCCAGUGCUAAACAGGCGAUGGCAACAGAGGUUCCCGUUCAGGCCAUUGAUAAUGAAAAAGAAACCCAACCGAAGCCCAGAAGAGGUGCGCCCCCUGUAAAGGCACCCAAAAUUAGUGCCAAACAGGUAAAGGCACCCAAAACCAGUGCCAAACAGGUAAAGGCAACAGAGAUUUCUAUUGAAUCCACUGAACAUCAAAAGGAAACGGAACCAAAGGGGCGAAGGGGUCGAAAGGCGACCAAAAAGGCUGAGGAAGUGGUAGAGGUGGAAGUGCUGUCACCGGACGUGCCGAAGACCAGGAAUACGAGGUCUAAGCGUCAUAUCGAUUGCGUUGAACUGUCGCCCAAACCGGCGAACACAAGAGCCAAACGCAAAGCUAAGCCAUAAAAGACUGAAAUAAUUUAUUUUUGAUAAAUAAUUACAUUAUUCAUACGAUACAUGUACUGUACAUAAACGCCUGAUUUUGAUGGCCC